CACAACUUCCUCAGAAUGGAUCCAAAGGUAAAGUGGGUGCAGCAGCAAGAAAUUAAACCAAGAGUCAAAAGGAGAGUCCGACGCAACCAUCGCUUCAUUUCAUUCAACGACCCAUCUUGGCCUGAAAUGUGGUACAUGCAUUGUGAAGACAACAACAGCGAAUGCAGGUCCGAAAUGAAUGUCCUGGGAGCUUGGCAAAGAGGGUACACUGGCAAAGGUGUCGUAGUGACCAUCCUUGAUGACGGCAUAGAGAAGAAUCACCCUGAUCUUGUACAGAACUAUGACCCUCAUGCAAGCUAUGAUGUCAAUGGAAAUGAUGAAGACCCAACUCCACGCUAUGAUCCAAGCAAUGAAAAUAAGCAUGGCACCCGCUGCGCUGGCGAAGUGGCAGCAUCGGCAAACAACUCCAAUUGCAUUGUGGGUAUCGCCUACAAUGCGAGAAUUGGAGGCAUCCGUAUGCUGGAUGGUGACGUGACGGAUGUGGUGGAAGCCAAAGCAAUUGGUGCCAAGCCAGAAUAUAUCCAUGUCUACAGUGCUAGUUGGGGUCCAGAUGACGAUGGCCGCACGGUGGAUGGACCUGGUCCUUUGGCCAAGCAAGCAUUUGAACACGGCAUUAAAAAGGGUCGUAGAGGACGGGGUUCUAUUUUUGUCUGGGCUUCUGGAAACGGUGGCCGAGAAGGGGACCAUUGCUCUUGUGAUGGAUACACCAACAGCAUCUACACUGUCUCUGUUAGCAGUACCACCGAGAAUGGGAACAAGCCCUGGUAUUUGGAGGAGUGCGCCUCUACCCUUGCUACAACUUAUAGCAGUGGGGCCUUCUAUGAACGGCAGAUUAUGACCACAGAUCUGAAGAAACAAUGCACAGAUGGCCACACGGGGACUUCCGUUUCUGCCCCCAUGGUAGCUGGGAUCAUUGCUCUAGCCCUGGAAGCCAACCCUUUGCUGACAUGGCGAGAUGUGCAGCAUCUGCUUGUGAAAACAUCCCGGCCGGUCCACCUCUUGGCUCCUGACUGGAAAACAAAUGGAGCUGGAUGGCGAGUUAGCCAUUUGUAUGGAUUUGGCCUGGUAGAUGCAGAAUCUCUGGUUAUGGAAGCAAAGAGAUGGAAGACGGUUCCUGCCCAACACAUCUGCGUGGGAACCUCAAAUAAGAGACCUUGGUUCAUCCCUGCCAAUAAAACAAUCCGGACUAUGACUCUAACCAGUGCCUGUGCUGACAACUCAGAGCAUCACGUGGUCUACUUGGAGCAUGUGGUUGUACGAAUUUCCAUCGCGCAUCCUCGGCGGGGAGAUCUGCAAAUAUACCUAACAUCUCCUUCUGGAACCAAGUCCCAGUUGCUGGCAAGGAGACAGCAUGAUGAGUCUAAUGAAGGCUUCAAACACUGGGAAUUCAUGACUGUCCACUGCUGGGGUGAAAGGGCAGCUGGAGAAUGGACACUGGAGAUCCAGGAUAAGCCCUAUCAUGUUCGCAACCCAGACCUACAAGGGAAGUUGAAAGAAUGGAGCCUCAUUCUAUAUGGGACGGCUGAGCAUCCUUCCUCUAAUGUCAGUACCCAGCACUUUAGGUCAACAAUGCUGGACCCGCCAUCUUUGGAAAUGGAGCCUUCAAAAGUUGCUUUCUUCCAAAAUCAGAUGGAGAUGCCAGAGGAAGAAGACGAAUAUACAGGUCUGUGUCAUAGGGAAUGUGGCGACCAAGGAUGCGAUGGUCCCAAUGCUGAUCAGUGCCUGAACUGUUUCCACUACAGCCUUGGAAGUGUUAAAACUGGCAGGAAGUGUGUGAACUCCUGCCCUCCUGGCUUCUUUGGGGACAGUCUGCAACGCAAGUGCCGCAGAUGUCACAGGGGCUGUGAAGCAUGUUUGGGCAGAAGCCAGAACUCAUGCACAGCCUGCAAGCGUGGUUAUUAUCACCACCAAGAGACAAACACUUGUGUGAUGCUGUGUCCAGCUGGAUUUUACUCUGAUGACGGUCAAAGACGUUGUCAGAAAUGUCAUCAAAACUGUAAGAAAUGCUUUGGAGAAAUGGACAAAUGUUCUGUUUGCAAAGAUGGAUUCAGCCUCAUGGACAACAACUGUGUUUCAGGGUGCCAGCAGGGCAUGUAUCUGAAAAAGGAACUUUUGCAAUGUGAUGGCUGCCAGUCGGACUGCAGGACUUGUACAGGGCCAAGCCAUGAAGAAUGUCUCCAGUGCGCCAGGAAGCUCCACGAAUGGAGGUGUGUCUCGACAUGUGGAGAAGGCUAUUACCAGGACGAGCGGCUGGGAUCACCGUUUAGAGUCUGCCGAAGGUGUGAAGAUAACUGCUUAAGUUGUGAUAGCUCUGGGAGAAACUGUUCCAGAUGUAAAGAAGGAUUUUAUCUGCUGAGUGGCACGUGCAUUGCUAGUGACAGAUGUCACAAUGGUGACGAGGUGUUCUGUGAGAUGGUGAAAUCCAAUAGGUUAUGUGAACGCAAGCCAUUUAUACAAUUUUGCUGUCGGACAUGCUUAUUGGCUGGCUAAGCCAGCAUUUAAUAUCUGCCAUCUGGAACUCCUAAUGUGCCAGUUUCUUCCAGCAAAGUUUCCUUUUUUUUUUCUUUCUUUUUUUCUUUUCCCUUUUCCACUCCUAUUCCCACCCUGGUCCUAACCUUCAUCUAAUGCUGGCUUCAACCUCAGCUUGCGACUCAGAUUCUUUCACCGUCGUCGGCACGUUUGGUCCCUACAGCAUACCUCAACUAAAGUCCUAGACAGCGUGAUCGCUUUGUUUGCUGCAUCUUGACCAAAAGCCAAUACGUAAAUAAAAGGGCCAAUGGCAAUAGGAAUCCUUCUCGGGCAUGUCUUGCGAGUAGUCUCAGCUUCUUCGCUCAUGCUAGCCAACUUGUCACGCUGGGUCAAAGAGGAAUGCAGAUGUAUGUUCUUUCUGCGUUUCCCCCCAAAAAAGUGGAAAAGUCGUUUCUUCCUUCUCCCUCCUAAAUCAUUUAGAAUAAUUCACAAAUGCCUAGAACACCAGCCUCAGCUCUGCAUACUCGCCACCGCAACAUCAUGACAUGAUAUGAUUCAUUGCACACCGUUGUGCUGGGAAAUAGGCACAUUCCCCCUUGUGUUUUGAUGGUCUUAGCUUGACAGUGAUCAAGUGAAUUGGCAGGGGACAGUGAUCCCUACUUAGCCCCAGGCAUUCGUCUCCCUGUGCACUGAUCUCAACAGUCAAACUCUGCUAUCAAUGAUCAGGCGUGCUGCCUACAACUCUGAUCAACUGGAUUUGAAGCCAUCUCUGAGAAAUAACUGCUAACAUGCUAGACUCAUGAUUGCAGACGUAGCUACAAUAUUCUCUCCCUGCCCCAAAUAGAUCUCUGAGCUUUGACAGAUGGCUUUGCUUCUCUUACCAUAUCUCGCCAGCACAAUCUUCCUAAAAAAAUAGAAGGUGUGUGUGUGUGUGUGUGUGUGUAAGAAAAAUGACAACUCAGUGAUUUCCAGGAGGCAAACCUUCCCAAAAGGUGCUUCAUUUUUUAGCGCGUCGAGAAGGAGAGAACCGAAAAACAGCCAAUUCUACCAAAAUCACAGUGAACAGAACAACACAUCUGAAUGUAUUCGCUAUACAUAAAUAUAUAUAUAUGAUAUAAUAUAAUAUAUAUAUUAUAGUUUGUCAUGUGGUGUUUAUAUAAUUGUGUUAAGAUAUAUUUGACUAUGUGGUCUUACAGAUUUUUUUAAAAAAAGAAGUAACUUAUAAUGCAGUCAUUGCCUUCAUAGAAUUUUUUAAUUAUUUUCUACAGGGACAUAACCUUUUUUUAAAGAAAUAUUACUUAAACAUUGCCCUCCUUUAUAAUGGCUGUCUUUGUAAGCAUCGACAGAGCUGUUUCUUUGUAUUCAGACAUAUGUAAACAACUGUUGGUUUUUUUUCUUAUACAGUACUAGCUGUUCUGACUCUCAUUUUUAAUAAGUUGAACCCUCCAGCCUGUGAAACGUGAAAUUAGCAGUAAAAUGUUAAUUGGCAAUCUGACAAAGUGGGUUUUCAAAAUUUUGGGAUGGGGGAGAAUGGGAAAAGAAAAAUUAAUUGGUGUGUUCAUACUGCUUGAACCCAUGUACUGUCAAACUGGUGGAAUGAAUAUUGAAAACCGAGGUAGUGUUUUAUGAUAAGCUGGCAAAAUGACAACAUGAAUAAAAUAU